CGGAAGAGCCGGAGCGGAGCACUGCGGCAGCGGGGAGCCCCGAGGGCUUCCCUGCCUCUCUGGGUUUGGGGACCGGGCGCUUGCAGCCCGCAGCAUCCUCCCCGCCUGGUGCCCGGCAUGGAGCCCUGGAAGCAGUGCGCCCAGUGGCUGAUCCACUGCAAGGUGCUGCCGCCCAACCACCGAGUGACCUGGCCCACGGCUCAGGUGUUCGACCUGGCGCAGACCCUCCGCGAUGGGGUCCUGCUCUGCCAGCUGCUCAACAACCUGCGCAGCCAAUCCAUCAACCUGAAGGAAAUCAACCUCAGGCCUCAGAUGUCCCAGUUUCUCUGCUUGAAGAAUAUAAGAACAUUCCUUUCAGCAUGUUGUGAGAUAUUUGGGAUGAAGAAAAGUGAACUUUUUGAAGCAUUUGAUUUGUUUGAUGUGCGAGAUUUUGGAAAGGUCAUAGAAACACUAUCAAAACUUUCUCGCACUUCUGUGGCAUUAGCAACAGGAAUAAGGCCAUUCCCCACAGAAGAAAGUGUUGAUGAUGAAGAUAUCUACAAAGGCCUUCCUGAUUUACUAGAUGAAAGUGGUGGCGAUGAGGAUGAAGAGUUAUAUGAUUGUGUCUAUGGAGAAGAUGAAGGUGGGGAAGUAUAUGAAGACUUAAUGAAAGAUGAAGCAGCACAUCAACCUAAAUGUACUGAAAAUGACAUAAGAAGCUGUUGCCUUACUGAAAUAAAACAGACUGAAGAGAAAUACACUGAGACUUUGGAGUCAAUAGAGAAAUUUUUCAUGGUGCCAUUGAAAAGGUUUCUGUCAGCAUCAGAGUUUGAUAUAGUGUUCAUCAACAUUCCUGAAUUGGUGAAAACCCACAGAAGUCUAAUGCAGGAUAUUUUUGACUCCAUUGUAAACAAAAAUGACCAGAACCUGUAUCAAAUUUUUAUUAACUACAAGGAAAGAAUGGUUAUUUAUGGGCAGUACUGCAGUCAAGUGGAGACAGCCAUAUCCUGCUUAGACAACAUCUCUAAGACAAAAGAAGAUGUUAAAUUGAAGCUAGAGGAAUGUUCCAAGAGGGCCAAUAAUGGGAAAUUUACUUUGCGGGAUCUUCUAGUGGUUCCUAUGCAACGAGUUCUGAAAUAUCAUCUGCUGCUGCAGGAACUGGUGAAGCACACUACUGACCCAAAUGAGAAGGAAAAUCUGAAGCUGGCACUUGAUGCAAUGAAGGACUUGGCUCAAUAUGUAAACGAAGUGAAGAGAGAUAAUGAAUCCCUCCGUGAAAUUAAACAGUUUCAGUUAUCAAUAGAGAAUUUGAACCAUUCUCUCUUAAUGUAUGGAAGACCACAAGGUGAUGGUGAAAUAAGGAUAACUACAUUAGACAAACGUGCAAGGCAAGACAGGCAUAUCUUCUUAUUUGAUUUAGCUGUAAUUGUGUGCAAACGGCGAGGUGAUAAUUAUGAAAUGAAGGAAAUAAUAGAUCUUCAGAAGUACAAAAUCACAAAUAAUCCCACUACUGAUAAAGAAAAUAAAAAGUGGUCUUAUGGCUUCUACCUCAUCCACAUACAAGGACAAAAUGGGUUGGAAUUUUAUUGCAAAACUAAAGAUUUGAAGAAAAAGUGGCUUGAGCAGUUUGAAAUGGCACUAUCCAACAUAAGACCGGACAAUGCAGAUACAAAUUUUCAUGAGUUCAAAAUGCACACCUUCACUCGUGUCACAUCCUGCAAAGUCUGUCAAAUGCUUCUGAGAGGAACAUUUUAUCAAGGCUAUUUAUGUUCUAAGUGUGGAGCUGGGGCGCACAAAGAAUGUUUAGGGAGAUUAGACAAUUGUGGCAGAGCUAAUUCAGGUGAACACGGAACCCUGAAACAUGAGAAAAGAACUAAUGGAAUUCGAAGAAACUCCAGACAGAUGGACUCAGGUUUACCAAAAAUGCAAGUCGUUAGAAACUACAAUGGGGUACCACAGCCAGCUCCACAUGAUGGCCCACCAUUACACAUCCAGACUGGAGACACUAUUGAACUCAUCAAAGGAGAUGCACAUAGCAGGUUUUGGCAGGGUAGAAAUCUAGUCACAGGGGAGCUUGGCUACUUUCCAAGUGAUGCCGUAAAGCCUUGCCCAUGCGUGCCUAAACCAGUAGACUACUCUUGCCAACCAUGGUAUGCAGGAGCAAUGGAGAGGCUGCAAGCUGAGAGUGAACUUAUUAACAGGGUAAAUAGAACUUACUUGGUGCGACACAGGACCAAAGAGUCAGGAGAAUACGCAAUAAGCAUUAAGUACAAUAACGAAGUGAAACACAUCAAGAUUUUAACAAGAGAUGGCUUUUUUCACAUUGCAGAAAAUAAGAAAUUUAAAAGUUUAAUGGAACUUGUAGAGUACUACAAGCACCACUCUCUCAAAGAAGGUUUCCGAAGUUUGGAUACGACUCUUCAGGUUCCAUACAAGGAAUCUGAAAAUUCAGAUGAACAAAGGAGUAAUAAAGCAAGCAGUAACUUGCUAAGUCCAAAAGCAAUAGGCAUAGCCAUUGCCCGGUAUGACUUCUGUGCAAGAGACAUGAGAGAACUGUCCUUACUGAAAGGUGAUGUGGUAAAAAUUUACACAAAGAUGAGUGCUAAUGGCUGGUGGAGAGGUGAAGUAAAUGGAAGGGUGGGCUGGUUUCCAUCAACCUAUGUUGAAGAAGAUGAAUGAAUUGAACACUUACUAUGCACUGUUGACCAGAAAUUUCAGGGACUGUGGAAUACAACAAUCUGCAAAGCAUUAUUAGUCUUGUUAAGUAUUUCAAAAGCAGCAUUUUCUGUCUGUCCAAACCCUCCAGUUUUAUUGUUGGAAUUUCUACAGAAGUUUGUGCUGACAGAUUAAUGGUUUGCCCAGAGCUAUGCAAGAAACAGUCUGCCAGUUUGUCAUCAUCGGGGACCAGUAUAAAGCCCAAACCUCACCUUCCCAGACGAUCCUUGCAAAACAGAUUUCUUUAUGCUGCUUUUCAUGCGGUGGUACACAGCGAAUGCUACCUAUUGGUAAAUGUUUAAUACAUCUUUUUUUUCUAGUAGCUAACAUCUGUGAUGGUAGAAGGAGGAGAUGAAGGCUUAUUACUCGUUAUCACUGCAUACAGAAAAAGGAAAGUUCAGUCAUGCCAGUGGGCAUGAAGUAAAGUCAGUAUUACCUGUCUUGAAACAUCAAGCAAUGUUACUUAUCACAUAACAAACAGUUGUGCACUCAUCAAAACCAUUCUGAGAAAAAUAGAAAUGUAGUAAAUAGUAAUAGCCUUCUCUUCCAAGGUACAUGUGUGGGAUAAUUAUAACAGACUUGAAGUCCUGCCUAAAUUUUCAAACAACUUGUUUUUAUGACAGCAGUUUUAAAAAGUGGAGUGUUACUUAGUGUGGUUCUGCUAGAAAAAAUGACUGUAAACAUGGGAUUGUGGUGCUCUCUUUUUGUUUUGCGCUCCAAAGCUAAUUUUACUCAGUUUACAAAUAAGCAACU